GGCGGUGAAGGGGUUAAUUGUGGCUGCAGCUGCGUCACAUUUUACGUCUGAUGUACACGGAAGUAGUGUGGACGUGUGGGAGAAAAGCUGGAUAAAAGCGCUUGGAGGACCGACAGAAAGCUUCCUCUCUAAGUGCUGGUCCUCUCCCCCUGGUCAGCUUGCCACGAAAUGCCCCUGAGACGAUGGGACAGGCUCUGUGUAUUUGCUCUCGAGGGACCAUUACCAUCGACAACAAGAAAUACUACUUCAUCCAGAAGCUAGAUGAGGGCGGCUUCAGCUACGUGGACCUGGUGGAGGGCGCACACGACGGGCGCUUCUACGCGCUCAAGCGCAUUCUGUGCCACGACCGCGAGGGCCGGCAAGAGGCACAGACGGAGGUGGAGAUGCACCGGCUCUUCGACCACCCCAACGUCCUGCGCCUCACCGGGCAUGCCUUUGUGGAGCGCGCCGGCAAGACGGAGGCCUGGCUGCUGCUGCCCUACGUCAGCAAGGGAAGCCUGUGGUCAGCACUGGAGAAGUUGAGGGACAAGAGCAGUUCCAUGCCAGAGAGUCGCAUCAUCUACAUCCUGAGGGGGAUCUGUGACGGCCUCAAGGCCAUCCACGACCGAGGCUACGCACACAGAGACCUGAAGCCCACAAACGUUCUGCUGGACGAGAAUGACCGGCCGGUUCUAAUGGACCUGGGUUCCAUGAACAGGGCCCGCAUAGAGGUGCGGGGCUCCAGAGAGGCGAUGACCAUUCAGGACUGGGCAGCUCAGAGGUGCACCAUCUCGUACAGGGCGCCUGAGCUGUUUAAUGUGGAGAGCCAGUGUAUCAUCGACGAGCGCACGGACAUCUGGUCCUUAGGCUGUGUGCUGUACAGCAUGAUGAUGUUGGAGGGGCCGUAUGACAUGGUGUUCCAGAAAGGAGAUAGUGUGGCCCUCGCUGUUCAGAACCUUGUCACCAUUCCACAGCCUUGCAGCUACUCCCAGGGCCUGCAGGUCCUCCUGAGCUCCAUGAUGGUGCCUAACCCACAGGAGAGGCCUGACAUCAGCUGGGUCUUGGACCAGGUCCAGAACCUCCAGAACUCCACCCCAGCGCCAGCCGACGCCAACCGGGUAUGAUGGCCCCGAAGAGGGAGUAAGCUUGGAGCAACAUUGCAUCUCUCUCUCUUCUCUCUUCUCUCUCUCUCUCUUUUUCUCUCUUUCUCUAUUUCUAUUUUCUCUCUCUCCUUCUAUUUGUUCCCUUUAUCGUUCUCUCUCACAUCGAUUCAUCGACUCUGGACUCUCUCUCUCUCUCUCUCUCUCACGGGACUAUGCACUCUCUUUGGGACAAACACGAUGUUCAUCCUCAACCAGGGAAGCCACCGGACACGGUGCUCAUGGUUACCUCAAGCUUACCUGGCAUACGAACAUGCAGAACACACACACACACACACACACACACACACACACACACACACACACACACACACACAGGCACAUCAUGCUGUUUUAUACAUUCACAGAUUGCACAGAAUGCACUACUGAGCAGCGUACCAACCAACAUCUU